CAACGCUGUGAAAUAUCCCCGGACUUUCUUCGUUGCCGUUGUUUAAUAAAGAAUUGAGAAGUCAGCAUGCCUACCGUCGGUGUUGACAAAGAGGAUCUCUACAAGGCCUUGGGCCGAUCUUACACGACCGAGGAAUUCGAUGAGUUGUGUUUCGAGUUUGGAAUUGAGCUCGAUGAGGAUACCUCGCAGGGCGAAUUGCCAAUUGUGAAUGGUGUUCAGGAGCGGGCGCAGCUCAAGAUUGAAAUUCCUGCUAACCGUUAUGAUAUGCUGUGUUUCGAGGGUAUUGCUCGGGCUCUCAACAUUUUCCUCGGCCGCGAGAAGUUGCCCGCUUAUACCUUGACCAAGCCAGAGAAGAUGAUUCAGUUUGUCGUUAAGCCGGAGACGGCCCAAAUUCGACAAUACAUCUCAUGCGCUGUCCUUCGUGGGAUCACCUUCACCCCCCGUCGCUACGAGUCCUUCAUUGGACUUCAGGACAAGCUUCACAACAACCUGUGUCGCAACCGUACCCUCGUGUCUAUGGGUACUCACGAUCUUGACACCAUCGAGGGCCCUUUCACUUAUGAGGCUGUCACCCCGACCGAUAUCUCCUUUGUUCCCUUGAACCAGACCAAGCAGAUGAACGGUGAAGAGCUAAUGCAGUUCUACGACGGAGACAAGCACUUGGGUCGUUUCCUGCACAUCAUUCGCGACUCCCCGGUCUACCCUGUUGUCUACGAUGCUAAGCGCCGUGUCUGCUCGCUGCCUCCUAUCAUCAACUCUGAACACUCCAAGAUCACUUUGGACACCAAGAACGUGCUGAUUGAAGUCACUGCCACAGACAAGACCAAGGUCGAGAUUGUCGUCAACCAGCUCGUCGCCAUGUUCUCCGAGUACUGCAGCGAGCCUUUCACUAUCGAGCCAGUCGAGAUUGUCUCUCCUCACAACGGCGAGUCGCGCAUCACCCCCGAUAUUUCAAUGCGCGAGACAACCGCCGAGGUCUCCUACAUCAACGGAUGCUGUGGAUUCAAACAGACUCCUGAGGAGCUGUGUGCAUUGCUUGCUCGCAUGUCGUUAGUCGCUAAAGUUAAUGCCAAGGAUAGCAAUCUCCUUGAUGUCUCCAUUCCUUGCACCCGACCCGACAUCCUGCACCAGUGUGACAUCAUGGAAGAUGCCGGCAUCGCGUACGGUUUCAACAACCUGGACCGCACCUUCCCUGGAAAGUCUGGCACUAUCGGCGAUCCUUUCCUGCUCAACAAGGUUUCCGACAUUGUACGCCGAGAGGUUGCCAUGACUGGCUGGUCUGAGGUCUUGCCUCUGAUUCUUUGCUCACAUGACGAGAACUUCAAGUUCCUUCGUCGCAAGGAUGACGGCAACACUGCCGUUAAGCUCGCCAACCCUAAAACCUUAGAAUAUCAGGUCGUGCGCACAAGUCUGCUUCCUGGCAUGCUGAAGACUAUUCGCGAGAACCGAAAGCAUUCGCUUCCCGUCAAGAUCUUUGAAGUUUCCGAUGUCGCGUUCAAGGACGAGUCUCUUGAGCGGAAAUCUUUCAACCAGCGUCACUGGGCCGCCGUCUUUGUCGGUAAGACUUCCGGCUUCGAGACCGUCCACGGCCUUCUCGACCGUGUGAUGAAGAUGCUUCGCAUCAACUGGAUCAAGGAGUCCGACACCGGCGUGCCUGGAUAUUUCAUCAAGGAAGCCAACGACGACACUUUCUUCCCCGGAAGAGCUGCCGAUAUCUUCUUCAGACUACGAACCGAUCCUAGCAAAACCGUCAAGAUUGGAUCCUUUGGAAUCCUGCAUCCCGAGGUGCUCGAGCACUUUGAGAUUCCGGGCGUUGUCGGUUCUGCAUUGGAGGUCAACAUAGAACCUUUCCUUUGAACGUUUCCAUUAUAUACUAAUCCGCCGUUGAUUUUGCUACUUGUUUGAUGACUGUUCAGUCACAAAUCGACUGGAAGUUUUUGUUUGCUGUCAUUGUAUAAAACUGUAUGAACAUCGGCUUCUUAAUUCUCACUUUAUAAAUAAUUACAAUCCAAA